CCUUUCUAAGCACAGGAAAGGGAAAUAAAUUUUAAAAGUUAAUUUUUUUUUGAGGUUUUCAGAGCUAAUAAAGCGGUAAUAUUUUACAGUAUAAAACUAUAAAUUAUCCCUUCCUUCAUCUUUUUCGGUUUUCUAAGCACUCGUUUCCUCUCUUUCCUCAUCCACUGUUUCUCCCCGCUUUAUUCCUCGCCGGAAAACCUCUUCUUCCGCCGGCAAACCGCCUGCUUCACCGGCGACAUACUCCCGUGACUCCUGAGGAAGCCGGCUGCCACUUUCUGAUUGAAACGUCUGUAUAUCAUCAUAACUUGCUUUGUAUGUCUUAGAAGGCUUUGGAUCUCUCUGUGGUCUGGUUUCAGCCUUGUGCUCGGUUCUCUGCGAGAAUGUGGCGAGUCUGGUUGUUGUUGAAGGCUCGCUUUUAACCUGUAAAAUCCAGGAUCGUGAUCUAGGGUUUGGCUCAGGGAUUUGGAUUCAGUUUUGUCAUUGUUUUUGUGAUUUCUUGACCAAGUGGGUGAAGACUGAGGCCUACACGGAGCUACCUCGGGAUGAAAUGGUGGAAGGAAGAGUUUGUUUGCCCAAGGAAGCUAGAAAUAUACUAGAACCUUCAAAGUGUAAAAAGCUUCACCGAGCAAAAUCUUCGACUGCCAACAACACAAGUGUUGCUAAUAUGAUGACAAGAAGCGGAGGAGAUGCUUUAAGGGCUUCGUCAUCAUGUGGUGUGAGGUUGCAUGGUAAUGCAAACGCCUUUUCCAAGAGGAAGGUGGAUAAGUUUGACAUGAGUGAUCUAGAAUGGACUGAAAAGAUUCCCGAGUGUCCUGUGUACUCCCCAACAAAGGAGGAAUUCGAGGACCCUUUGGUUUAUUUGCAAAAGAUAAUUCCUGUGGCUUCAAGAUACGGUAUAUGCAAGAUUAUUUCUCCUUUGCAUGCUUCAAUUCCUGCUGGAGUCGUGUUAAUGAAGGAGAAAGCAGGAUUUAAGUUUGCAACUACAGUACAGCCACUUCGCCUUGCUGAGUGGGAUACUGAAGACAAAGUCACAUUUUUCAUGAGUGGAAGAAACUAUACAUUCCGCGAUUUUGAAAAAAUGGCGAACAAGGUUUUUGCACGUAGAUAUUGCAGUGCCGGAUGUCUUCCUGCCUCAUUUUUGGAAAAAGAGUUUUGGCAUGAAAUUAGCUGUGGAAAGAUGGAAAGUGUAGAAUAUGCAUGUGAUGUAGAUGGUAGUGCCUUUUCCUCUUCUCCCAAUGAUCAACUUGGGAGCAGCAAAUGGAAUUUGAAGAAGCUUUCUCGGCUGCCCAAAUCCAUUUUGCGGCUCUUGGAAACAGUAAUUCCGGGAGUAACAGAACCCAUGUUAUACAUUGGAAUGCUGUUUAGUAUGUUUGCUUGGCAUGUUGAGGAUCACUAUUUGUACAGUAUUAAUUAUCAUCACUGUGGAGCAUCAAAAACUUGGUACGGAAUUCCGGGUCAUGCAGCUCUGGAUUUUGAAAGGGUGGUGAGAGAACAUGUGUAUACUAAAGAUAUUCUGUCAAAUGAAGGGGAAGAUGGAGCCUUCGACGUUCUUCUGGGGAAAACAACUCUGUUUCCUCCAAAUAUUUUGUUGGAACAUGAAGUGCCGGUCUACAAAGCUGUUCAAAAACCAGGAGAGUUUAUUGUUACCUUUCCUAGAGCGUAUCACGCUGGUUUUAGUCAUGGUUUUAACUGUGGAGAGGCAGUGAAUUUUGCCAUUGGCGAUUGGUUUCCUUUAGGGGCCAUUGCCAGCAGGCGAUAUGCACAUCUAAACAGAGUUCCUCUGCUACCUCACGAAGAACUUUUAUGCAAAGAAGCAAUGCUCCUCUAUACAAGUUUAGAACUCGAAGAUUCAGAUUUUCCUUCUGCAGACUCGAUGUUUCAUAAUAGCAUCAAGAUAUCUUUUGCUAAUUUGAUGCGCUUCGAGCAUUGUACUCGCUGGUUAUUAGUUAAAUCUGGGGCUUGCACAAAUGUCUCCUCACACUCUCAUGGCUCAAUUCUCUGUAGUCUCUGCAAACGCGACUGCUAUGUGGCAUAUGUUGACUGUGACUGUCACAUGCAUCCAUUGUGUCUUCGACAUGAUAUCGAAUCUCUUGACUUCACCUGUGGGAGCAAACACACUCUUUACUUGAGGGAAGAUACUGAAGAUAUGGAAGCUGCGGCCAAGAGGUUUGAACAGGAAGAUGGUAUAUUGGAUGAGAUAGUUAAGCAGAUCAAGGCUGACAGUAACAUUUAUUCGUAUCCCUUGUCAAGUAUGUUUCAGAGAGCUGAGGCCGAUGGAUAUACCCCUUAUUGCGAGAUAAAAUUUGAACCUGUUGAAUCUUCUCACUCAGGCUCAGAUCACUUAAUGAAUAUUCAAGAGUGUGCUAUUCAAAGUCAAUGGGCUUUGAGGCAUUGCUCAGGAUCAGAAUAUCACAAACCUGAAGUGUCUGAUUUUUCCUUCGUUUCUGCUGCUUCUGCUCUUUGCUCUCUUUCAGACCCUCUUGAGAGUUAUUCUUAUGCUACUAAAAAUGAUGAGGGGCGUGCAAAGUCGGGCAUCAUUAAUUCUGAGGAGCUUUGUGAAAGAAUGUCCAGUAGUGUAUGUGAAUCUUUAGUAUCCCCUACACGGAAUCGCAACGGCUCGAUUAAACCUCAGGGGGGUGAUCUUUAUAGAUUAGAGAUGAAAUCCAUGGUGAAUAAUGACAGUGAUGAUUCUGAUUCAGAGAUAUUUAGGGUGAAGCGGCCUUCUUCUUUGAAGGCAGAGAGGAGAAAUGGGAAUGAUCAGAUGUGUCCCAAGCAUUCUGACCACCAGGGACUAAAACGAUUGAAGAAAAACUCUGAUGAAGGAAGAAGCGGUCAACUAAUAGUAGAUUACAGCAGAAGCAGUGAAUCAGAUUACAACAACUGGAGGUACCCGGCAAAUCACAAAUUUGAUAGCGAAAGCGGUACGAGGGAAAGAUAUCCGAAGGUUAAUAAUGGCAUUCCCAUUUCCAUAAGGUACAGGAAAUUAGGAAACGAGGACUUGAGUGGCCAUGGAGAUCACCACAAGAGGAAUUGGUUACAACAGAGUAUAAUGGAGCCAUCAUCUCCCACGGAGGUUGGGAUUGGACCAAAGCGGCUUAAGGUGCGAGGCCCUUCAUUCCUGAGCUUAUAGAGAGCCAGAUGGGGAUGCAUGUGUCUGACCCUGCUAACUUGAUUUAGCUAAAUGGGCAUUUUCUAAUAACACGGGAAAUCCAAAGGAUUUGAUUCUGGAAGCAGCAGCAGAUGAAGACGAUGACAUUAAUUAACCACGUAGGGUAAGGAUAUUACAUUCUUUGGUGCGGCCCCUACAAUUUGGGCUGCUGCACUGUGGUGAUCUCUGGGGUUGUGGGGCCCAGGUGUUUUUCUAACCCGAGCCCCAUAACCCAUCCUGCAAAAGCUAGAACUAGUUAGGAUUGGCUUAGUCACUCCACUCCCCCCUCCUACUGUAAAUUUAUUUUGUUUUACUUUUGAUCAAUCAUCAGUCGUAUAGGUCUUCAUAGGAAUGGGGUCUCUCCGUUGCUUACUGAUUUUAAUGCCUCCCUGCUGCUUCCUGCUUUGUAAGUUCAUUCAUUCUUUAUUGUAGCAACAGGUCUACGUACCUUGAACUACGAAAAUAAUUUUCAUAGAAAGUUACCCCUUUUAUCCAUA